AUGUCUUUGUGCAUACAAUAAUGUCUGAUCUCCCAAGCAGCAGCCCUGCAAGCCUUCGCUCCACCUCUAGCAGCCACAAUUCCUUUCACGACUUCUUCGAAUGGUGGCUUGUAGAGCAGAAACAAGAGCUAGACGAACUUAUUUCGGCCUCUAAACAGAAACUAAACAACAAAAACAACAACCAUGAUUCUCUCCAACCUCUUAUCAACCGAGUUUUAGAGCAUUACGAGCAAUAUUACAGUGCCAAGUCAAAGUGGGCUAAGCAUGAUGUCUUAGCCAUGUUCUCUCCUUCAUGGACUAGCCCUCUUGAAGAUGCUUUUCUAUGGAUUGGUGGGUGGCGACCUAGUAUGGCUUUUCAUCUCCUCUACUCAAAAUCCGGGCUGCAAUUGGAAGCUCAACUGCAUGACGUAAUUCGUGGAUUGUGCACCGGUGACUUGGGGGAUCUUUCUCCGAAUCAACUCGUACAAGUUGACGAGUUCCAGAGGCGCAUUAUUAGGGAGGAGAAGAAUAUAACGGAGAAGAUGGCCAAGCAUCAAGCUACUGUAGCUGAUACGUCAAUGGUCGAAUUAACUCACGCGAUCAGCAAGACAAGGAGAGAUGAAGGAUCAAGUAUUGGAAACGAAGUGCAGGAACGAGUUGAAUCCACUUUAAAGACUAAACUGGAGGGGCUUGAAAAAGUUUUGCAGAAGGCUGAUGAUCUACGCCUGAGAACACUGAAGGGGAUUAUAGACAUUUUGACUCCAGAUCAGACUGUCCAUUUCUUGAUUGCUGCUGCUGAGUUGCACUUGCGGCUUCAUGAGUUGGGGAAGAAGAUGGAUACCAAAGUAAUCAAUUAGGGAAUUACUUGUCUGCUCCGCGAGUUUAUUUCAUCCACGAAUAAGUGAAUGAGAAGUAGUUGUUUUUAUUUA